GCGCAAACCGAGUCAAAAGAAAGAAAGAAAGAAGCUCGGCGUCGCGGCGGCGGAGACGAGACAGCAGCGUCGUCUUCUCCGGCGAGGGGAAAAAACCGCAGCGCACGCGAGCGUCGGCCGCAAUCGGUACUUCCGGCGAUGGCCGGACGCAAUUAUCUGCCGCCGCAGAACGCCGCCAAGCUCCGCCACUCCUCGACGACCCCCGCCUCCCCUCCCGCCCCCAGCUGGCGGCGCUCGAGGACCGCGCCGCCGCCCAGCGCCGCGAGAUCCAGUCCCUCCUCGGCGAGAACCAGCGGCUGCACGCCACCCACGUGGCCCUCGAGCAGGAGCUCUCCCACUCCCGCCAGGAGCUCCGCCGCCUCUCGUCCGCCGCCGCCGAGGUCAAGGCCCGGAGGGACGCCGAGGUCCGGGAGGUCUACGAGAGGUCCUUGAAGAUGGAGGCCGAGGUGCGCGAGAUCAACUCCAUGGCCGACGAGCUGGAACGGGUGAGCCGCGACGCGCUGGAGCUCGGCGCCGAGCGGAAGGAGCUCGCCGUGCAGCUGCGGUGCCUCGACGAGGAUGUCCUCCGGGCCGCGGCUGAGUCGGAGCAGGUACCCCUGGUCAAGUCCGAGAUCGAGGCCAUGCGUGAAGAGAUUCAGAGAGGAAGAGCUGCUCUUGAACGUGAGAAGCAGACACAAGUUAGCAAUCUGGAGCAAGCCAAGGUGAUGGAGAAACAUAUGUUAUCUUUGAAGCACGAAAUUGAAAAGCUGCAUGUUGAACUUGCUAAUGCAGAGAGAAGAUCAAGAGGGGCAGCAGCAGCAGCAAAUCUAAAUCCUGGAUAUGCUCAGAACUAUAGUUCGCCCGAGAUAGGAUUUGGAGGAAGUACUUACCCCAACACUUACGAAAUGCAUCAGGGUCAUGUCAACCCUGGAGGAGGUGACCAAUAUGGGCCUGGAAUCAUGCUGCAAGAAGGACAUGCACAUAGAUGAGAUCCCUGCGAUGAUGUGGAGAAAUCAGGAUUCUCGAAAUAUGUGAAAAUAAUUGGGUCGAUUCCUGAAAAGGAAUGUGUCGAUUUUUUUGCUCCCACAAAAACUGAUCGAGCUCUGCAAAUUUUCUGCGACUUCUUCCUUGUAUAUCCAUGUGCACUUCAUUUCACAGCCUCGUUCUUCCUAGAGGUGAAGGGCAUGCAGCUUAGGGUGCGCAUGAGAACAUUUCUUGGCUGGGGAACAAUUUCUUUUCAGAAAUAGUUCUUUUCUAUUUC